CGUCGUUUCCGCUCGGUCACCCCCAUGUGCUCCAUCGGUUACGGGUCCAACAAGAAGACCCGUCACAUGAUGCCCAACGGACUGCGCCGACUGGUGGUGUCUAACACCAGGGACGUCGACCUCCUCCUCAUGCACAACAACACCUUCGCCGCCGAGAUCGCAGCAAACGUCUCGUCCAAGAAGCGCAUUGCUAUCCUCGAGAAGUGAGUAUUGGAGCACCCGUCACAUUCAUGCGUGGUGUAGGAAGCAUCUAGGUUGGGUCACAGUAUCGAGCAAGACAGGGUCGGGUUGUUGAUUUGCCGGAAGGAGCAAGUAACUCAACGUCGCUUCGAACGUGCGGGGCGGCAAAACUUGGGCACGAACAAGGUUUCCUACAUGUCAGCGCACCUAGAGCAGUCACUGACCUCAUGCACCACCACCUUUCACUUCUUGCAGGGCCAAGGUUCUCGGUGUCAAGGUCACCAACGCCAACGCCCGUGUCCGUGCUGUGGAGGCCUAAGGGACGUCUGCUCUCUUUCGCUCGUUACCUCUCAUUACCACCUCCUCGCAC